CAGUUUGGCUGUAAGAGGCCUGGAAAGACCCAGCUCCAGCUUACUCUAAAAAAGUCCUGUUUUGCUUCCUUGUUUGUCUAUGCUUGUGAGAGAAGAGAAAUGAGUUCCAUUUCGGAAGCUGUUAGAGCUCAUGUUGUUUGCGUUCCAUUCCCAGUUCAGGGUCACAUAAACCCCAUGCUGAAACUAGCCAAGCUCCUCCACCAUAAAGGCUUUCAUGUAACUUUUGUCAACACCCAUUACAACCACAGACGCUUACUCAGCUCCAGAGGCCCCAACUCCCUCGACGGCUUGCCGGACUUCCGCUUUGAAUCCAUCCCCGAUGGCCUCCCACCUUCCGAUGCCGAUGUCAGCCAAGACAGCCGCGCUCUUUGCGAUUCCACCUCAAAGAAUUGCCUCGUCCCACUUCGCAACCUUCUCUCCAAACUCAACGACAUUUCCACUUCCAACGUGCCGCCUGUGACGUGUAUCAUCUCUGAUGGUCCCAUGGCCUUCACUCUUAAAGCUGCUGAAGAAUUUGGAAUUCCAAAUGUUCUUUUCUGGACACCUAGCGCCUGCGCUUGCUUGGCCUAUAUGCAUUGCCGCCAUCUAGUUGAACGAGGUUUAACUCCCCUCAAAGAUGCAAGCUAUCUAACAAAUGGGUAUUUAGAAACCACAAUCGAUUGGAUUCCCGGGUUGAAAAACAUUCGUCUGAAGGAUUUUCCAACUUUCAUUAGAACUACCGAUGAGAACGACAUCAUGCUCAACUUCAUCAUCGAUGAAGUAGUGGAGCAAGCUUCAAGAUCUUCAGCUAUCAUUUUGAACACAUUUGACUCCUUUGAACAGGAUGUUUUGCAUGGUAUCUCAUCUUUGCUUCCUCGCAUUUACACCCUUGGUCCACUUCUGUUGCUUGCUGAUCAGAUUAAAAACGAGAGACUGAAAUCAAUAGGAUCCAAUCUAUGGAAAGAAGAACCGGGGUCUGUGGAGUGGCUAAAUUCAAAAGAACCCAACUCCGUAGUGUACGUAAAUUUUGGGAGCAUCACUGUCAUGACGCCCCAACAACUCAUUGAGUUUGCUUGGGGACUUGCCAACAGUGAGAAACCCUUCUUGUGGAUUAUAAGACCUGAUCUUGUGGUAGGCGAUUCAGCUGUUCUUCCUUCUGAGUUUAUUACCAAAACUAAAGAGAGAGGCAUGUUAGCAAGUUGGUGUCCUCAAGAAGAAAUCCUGAAGCACCCCUCGAUUGGAGGGUUUUUAACGCAUAGCGGAUGGAAUUCAACGCUCGAAAGCGUGUGUGGUGGAGUGCCAAUCAUCUCCUGGCCCUUUUUUGCCGAUCAACAGAUAAAUUGCCGGUAUUCUUGCACUGAAUGGGGCAUUGGGAUGGAGAUAGAUAAUAAUGUUAAGAGAGAUGAUGUUAAGAAGCUUGUGAGGGAGUUAAUGGAGGGUGAUAAGGGUAAAGAAAUGAAGAGGAAGGUAAUGGAGUGGAAGAGAAAGGCAGAAGAAGCUGUCCAACCUGGUGGUACUUCUUACCAGAACUGGGACAAGUUGGUUGCCGAUGUUCUCCUGCUUGUAAAUGUUUAAGCCAAACAGAAGAAGCAAAUCUUAGCUUAAAGUCGAAAUGUUUAAAUUCCUUUGCAUCUAUCUUGUACGGAUGAUAAAUUCAAUAUGUACAAUUAUAAAUAAAAUUACUGUGUUACAA